GUUAGUAGACUUUGGUCACCAAUACAUCUUGACUACUUGAAUUAUAGCACCUAACCCCAGCACUCAAUCCCCAAAACACUACCUUUAUCCUUCAGCUAACUUAACAACCUUCAAUACCUGUCAAUGUUACUAAAAUUAUCAACCAGAGAAUUCUCAACAACUCAAAACAUAUUCGUUAGGGUAGGCAAAGUUAGAUCACCCACGAGACGUCUACUUUGUUCUGCCUUAAGUUUAACCCCCUUCAUCCUAUAAAUUCUGGCCACUUCACUUCGAAACUCAAAUCACAUUAAAAAAUCCAGCUAAAAAAAUCCCUGAAACUCUCCAUAUCUCGAUUUCUUCUGCUACCAUGGCUCAAAGAGUAUUCAGUAUGAGUUUAGUCCUGGUUCUUGUGGCCAUUAUGAGUGCACAAACUAUGGCUCAGACAGGCUGUACGCCGACGAACAUUGCGGGUCUGUCUCCUUGCCUUGGAUUUAUCACCGGAAACUCGUCAGCUCCGUCAUCCGCUUGCUGCACUCAGCUUGCUAGUGUAGUCCAAACCCAAGCUCAAUGCCUGUGUGUUUUCCUUAAUGGCGCCCCUCAGCUCCCAAUCGCUAUAAACCAAACCCAAGCCCUCACUCUACCCGGCGCUUGCAACAUCCAGGCUCCACCACUUAGCCAGUGUAAAGCUUCAGGAGCUGGAUCACCCCAAGGAGCCCCAUCGCCGGCAUCACCAACCACUCCAUCAGCAGCAACUGGCCCUUCGCAGUCAUCACCUUCAGUCCCAACUCCAACUACUCCAUCGAAUCCAUCGAAUCCAUCGACUCCGGCAGUCCCAAGCACUCCUUCAGGAUCAAAGACAGUCCCUACUGCUGGUCAAGCUCCAUCAGCUGGAAGUUCUAUAAAAUUCGCACCGUCAAUCUUAUUUCUUGUCUUCCUGGCUUCAGCUCUCUCUAGCUUCUAAUUUGGCACCGGUGUUUGGUGAUACUAUCAUGGCUAGCUAGCCCUAGCCACUGUCAUGCGUGCACGUCUACUAAUUUCCUUUUCAUAUUUUUAAUCCUGUUUGGUUUUGAGAUUGUAUUGGAUUGUUUGUAUAUUGUAUUAUCAGCACAUUCAUUUUAGCUGAGAAUUAUUGAUGUCAUUUGAAGAUAAUGUUUGGCUCA